ACCCUCAAGAUAUAUACUUAGUAAGCAGAAAAAACAUCUUAAAAAUAAUUGAUUGAUCAUUAAACUUUAGACUAUGUCGUGGUCAUCUGCUGAUAAUGUAAGUACAGCACUGCAAUAAUUUAGCGAUAAGAUUAGACUUACGUUUCUUAUCUAUCAUCAAGACAAUUGUUCAGAAUAAGUCCACUGAUUUCCUACUUAAACUUUAUACCAGUCGUUGUAUUUCGUUCGAGAGUGACGGCUGCCAACAAGGGUUUGGUAGAUUGUACAAGAGUCACCUCUUAACGGUUCAUCAUCUGAUGAGCUGAUUUUUUUUAGUUGUAUUAAGUAACGAAAAUUAAAAAAUGUUUAAAGUACUGAUUCUCGCAAGUUUUGCUUUGUGCAUUUCUGCGCAAAAUUUCAAUCUCGACAUCCUUGACCCAUAUGAUCUAUGGAACAGGUAUACGUUGGAAAAACCGAAAAGCGUUCUUAGAGCUGCUGAAAAGAUUACUUACAGACUACCCAAUUCAGCAAUACCAUUGAGUUAUGAAUUAGAGUUAGAACCUGAUUUGGAGGAAAAUAGUGUGGACCGUUUUACUUUUAAGGGCAAAGUAAAAAUAAAAAUUCAAGCUAAUUAUGACACAGAAAAUAUAACUCUUCACGCAAAAAAUUUAAAAAUCUCGCCUAAAAACGUUACCAUUAGAUCAUUAGAAAAUGAUGUUGAUAUUGCUAUCGAUUCAGAGAGAGAUUUUCUAAUUGUCAAGACAACCGAAGGAGAAAAAUUCCUCUCAAAAAAAAUUUACAAUUUGGAAAUAUCUUAUACCGGUGAACUGAGCAGUGAACUUCGAGGGUUUUACAGAAGCUCUUACCUGAACGACGAAGGCAAAAAAAUAUAUUUAGCCACUACUCAUUUUGAGCCUACUGGUGCUCGACGAGCUUUUCCUUGCUUCGACGAGCCAAUGUUCAAAACUCCUUUUAAAAUCUCUAUUACUCACAAUUCAACAUACAAUGCAAUUUCUAAUAUGGAAGGAAAGAAGAAAGAUAUCGGUAACGGUCGAAGUAAAACAACAUUUGAUGAAACUCCGAAAAUGUCGACUUAUCUGGUAGCGUUUGUAGUGUCAGACUUCAAAGCAUUAUCCAAAAAUUCUUUUAAGGUGUAUGCAAGACCAAACGCAUAUAAAAAUGGAGAACUGGCCUUAAAUAUGGGAGAAAAAUUAUUGAAAAAAUUAGAUGAAUUCACAAAUAUUCCAUUCAGCACGUACAUUCCAAAAAUGGAUCAGAUCGCCAUACCAGAUUUCGCUGCUGGAGCAAUGGAAAAUUGGGGUUUAGUAACGUACAGGGAACCAUCGUUACUUUACAACAAAUCUUCUACUACGUUGGCUGGAAAACAAAAUAUUGUCGAAACAAUUGCUCAUGAAUUCGCUCAUCAAUGGUUUGGCAACUUAGUAAGUCCUAAAUGGUGGAAGUACACCUGGCUUAAUGAAGGUUUUGCCAGCUUUUUCCAAAGUUUUAUUACUCAAAAGGUUUUACCAGAAUGGCGAUCAGUCGAUCAACAGGUAAUCAAAUCAACUCAAGCUUACGCUUUUCUUAUGGACAGUUCCGCAUAUUCUCAUCCAAUGAACAAUGAAAUAGAAAAGCCCGAUGACAUCAUGAUGACGUUCGAUGGUAUUGCAUAUCAAAAAGGUGGGAGUGUUAUUCGAAUGAUGCAACAUUUUCUCGGUGAAGAUGUUUUCCAAAAAGGUCUCCAAGAGUAUCUAAGUACCAAAGGCCUUGCUGAAGCAGAUUCAGAUGAGUUGUUCGAGGCUAUAUCGACUCAAAUUCCAAAAGAAGCCAGUCUUAAUCUCACAAAAAUAAUGAAUUCCUGGGUAGAUCAACCGGGUUAUCCUGUUAUCAAAGUUACAAGAAAUUACGAUGCUCAAAACAAAACUGACAAUGUUUUAAUUGAACAAGAACGAUAUUUGACUUAUAAUGGGAGUCAAAAAGAUCUUAAUUAUACUUGGCAUGUGCCGAUAAAUUACGCAACAGCAAAAACUUUGAACUUCAGUUACACAAAACCGGAGACUUGGUUAGAUGAAAAAUCAAAGAACCUCACAGUCGAUCUUGGCCCAGAAGAUUGGAUUAUUUUGAAUAAACAACAAACAGGAUACUACCGAGUUAAUUAUGACGAAAAGAACUGGAAACUCAUUAUUAAGUAUCUAAACUCUAAUGAAACUCGUGAAAAAAUUCACGUUUUGAACAGAGCUCAAUUAUUAAAUGAUGCUUUGUCAUUUGUGCAAAAUGAUGCAUUAGAUUUAGAAAUAUUAUUAAAUAUGACAGUGCAUUUGAAAAAUGAAACAGAUUACAUUGCAUGGCACCCAGGAUUUAGAGUAUUAUCGUGGCUUAGACAAAAAUUGGUCAAUACAAAAUAUGACUCUUUCUUCAGGGAAUACACGAUAAAUGCUACCAAAAUAUUAAUCAAUCCAGACGAGUAUAAUGAAGAAUCUGACGAAGAUCUUUUGAAGAAUCUUAAUCAUGUUACUGCUUUCAACUGGGCCUGUACUUCUGGUCAUGCCAAAUGUUUAAAUGAGUCACAUGCAAUGUUACUUGAUUGGUUGAACGGUAAUCAUGUAUCUCCAAAUUUCGCACCAUUUGCUCUGUGCCAUGGUAUGCGAAUCGCUUCAAUGGAUACGUGGAAGCUGGUGUUAGAUAAAUACAACAAAACGACGGAUAGAGAAGUGCAAAGUUCGCUGGAAACCCUACUUAGUUGUUCGAGUAAUCGAACUAUUUUAGAUUACUAUUUUAAUUACACUUUGAAAGAAAAUUCACUUAUCAAAGAUACUGCGAUGAUCUUGCAUCGAAUUCUUGAAAACAGUGCCAUCGGAGUCGAUGCAACGUUGGAUUACUUAAAUGAUCGACUUAUUCCAAUAAUCAUCAACACAAAAGACGUUGAACGCGUAUCACAACUUAUUGAAGUAAUAGGAACAAAAAUUACAACAGAGGAACAAUAUAAAAAUCUAAAAAAGAUCGAGCAUCUAGAAAUACCGUUGAGCAUGAUAAAAGAGGGCAUGCAGAAAGCUGCUAAUAACCUUGAAUGGUUCAAAAAGCACGAUGGUACAAUUGAUAAAUGGGUUAAAUCCUUGACUAAUGAUACUCCUGCUUUAAAAUCAUUUUCGAUUGUAAAUAUUAUAUCUAUAAUUGUUAUCAAUGUGCCGUACGGUGGACCAAUUUCAAUCUCUAUUCGUUUCGCUAUUCAUUCGAACUUGACCUACAUUCUUCAAGCUGGCCCGUGCAAGAUGAUGCAUUUGAAGAGCUACGUAUUUGGUGUGGUGCUGUUAAGUUUAUUUGUACAAACAUUAACGGAUAAAAAUGAGUGCGGAGAAGUGCGAGACGUUAUUGAAGAGGAUGCCCGACGAUUUUUGCUGAAUACGAAGCCAUUGCGGUAUCAAGUUUAUUUGGAUCCAUGUAUAAGCGAUGGAAAUUUUAGUGGAUACAUUAAUAUCGAUCUAUUGAUACCUAAACCGACGAAAAAUAUUUCAUUACACUCGCAAAAUUUAGAAUUUUGCGAAGAAGCUGUUUAUUUGACUUUUAAAGCGAGUUCAAAUGAGAGUUUGGAAGUGUUGUCGCCCGUGGUGAAUGUCGAGUAUAAUACUAAUACUUCGCAAGAGAAUAUCGAGGAAGAAGAAUUGAUUGAUACCUCAGAAACCUUGAAACCAUCUGGAUUUUACUACUAUAAAAAUGGCCAAACGGUUACUCUCAAAUUUGAAGAAUUUCUAAAGCCCGGAAGAUAUUCGUUAGAAAUGAAUUACAUGGGUGUGAUAAACAGCGAACCUGUGGGAAUCUAUAGAAAAUUCUACAAAGACUCCGAUGGAGUAAAAAGGGUGAUGCUUUUGACAAACGCAGCUCCAACUUCCGCCCGGCGAAUUUUCCCGUGCUUAGAUGAACCAAGUGCAAAAGCAGAAGUUUACAUCACGAUGCAAACUUCGUUAAAUUAUACUACUGUCACUCCUCAAACAUCCGAACAGUUUGAAGAAUACAAAGAAGGGCAAAGAUGGACUCAUUUUCACCCCAUUGGAAAUAUAUCGACUCAUCAAUUAAAUUUUGCUGUACUUUACAACGUGAAAAAUACCACGAAAGUACAUAAAAACAAAACCAUUGUAACGUUCGGUAUGGAUACCGAUUUGAAAUCUGUAAAAUUACUCCAAGAAACGUAUGGAAAAUCACUUGAUUUAAUGGAAGAUUUAACGAAAAUUACUUAUCCACUUAACACUUUGGCAACUCUUGUCGUACCGGAAAAAGCUGAUGCUGCAUCUGUCGCAAGUUUAGGACUUAUAACAACCAAAAGCUCUCAUGCAUUGUUCAACAACCGGUUUGGACCCCAGAAGAAAAAAGACGUAAUUUUCCAAUCCAUUCGUGACGUAGUUGGCCAGUGGUUCAGUCAACUCACAACUCCGGAAUCCUGGAAAUACAUGUGGUUGACCGAGGGCAUCAUCGAAUACAUCAAGUAUCAUUUAGCCGAUAAGAUCGCUCCGGACUGGCGCUUGAAAGAAGCUUUCGUUGUAUGGGAACUGCAACGAAGAUCAUUCAUUCCUAAUAAAAUAACAGAUGGACCACCCUUGACAAUAAAUUUGAUUGACAGCACGAAAGACAUGAGAUGCCUAAUGUCCCGCAUGGUUUCUGUUUCUUCAAAAACCGCUGCGAUAAUAAGAAUGAUGACGCACUUCUUAUCUGAAAAUAUCGUGCAUUCUGGCAUUGCCAAUCUUUUAAAAACGAAAUUGUACAGUUCAAUAAAGCCAGAAGACUUUUGGGAAGCCAUUCAAACUGCCAUAGCCGAAUCUAAAGAUCUCAGAGUAGCCAAUGCAAAUAUAACAGAAAUAAUGAAAACGUGGGUGGAUGCUGAAUUUUAUCCUAUUUUAAAUGUCACUCGAGAUUAUAAAACCGGCUUGAUGCUCAUAAGUCAGUUGCCAGCCGUAACAUUUUUCGAAUUAACAGAUAAGAAAGUUAAAAAUGAAUGGUGGAUACCCAUUACUUAUACGGUUAAAAGUAGAAGUAAUUUCAACAGAACGUGCCCUACUGAUUGGUUGAAACCUGAAAUGGAAUUGGCGAUCGAAGGAGUUGAUUCGAGCGAUUGGGUACUUUUUAAUAUUCAACAAACAGGUUACUACCGAGUAUUAUACGACGAAGAAAAUUGGAAACUUCUCGCGCAUCAGCUUAACAGCGAUGAUUAUCACAAAAUACCACCGGUAAACCGUGCUCAAAUUCUCAACGACGCUGUACAGUUUACUUUGAAAAGACACUUAAAAACCGACAUAUUUUUCAAACUUGUAUCGUACUUGAAACGAGAAAAAGACUACCUGCCUUGGUUCAAUGCUCAGUUUAUACUCAGCUUUCUUAAUUAUCACCUAUCGAAUACCGAAGCCUACGAAAGCUUCAAACAAUUUAGCUUGAAACUGAUAAUUCCAUUGGUUGAUAAAAUAGGAUAUGAAGAUGUAUCAGGAGAUGAUUUUUCCACGUUAAUGUUAAGACGAAUAAGCAAUCAUUGGGCUUGUUACCUUGGCUAUGAAAAAUGUUGGAAAAAUGCAACAAGACAAUUGGACGCGCUUUUGAACAAUAAAAAGCUCGACUUAGGAGCAACUGAUUUGCAAGACUGGGCACAAUGCGUCGGUUUGUAUGGAGCAAACGAAGCUACCUGGUACAAUAUGUUCAAGAAGUAUAAGCAAAAUUUCUCUGAAGACUCACUGGUAUACUUGGCUUGCACGAACAAUUUUGAUAUUUUAAAUAGCUUCCUCAGCAUGUCCAUAGCGAAUAAUUCCAUCAUUCCUAAGCGACAAGUUUUGACCGUAUUCAAGUUGGUUUGUUUGUACCCGUCAUCUAUAGAUAAGCGCUUAAACUUUUGCAUGAAUUUUAUUGAUGAAAAUUUCGAUAAAAUCAAGUACAGACUUGAAAAACCAGAAGAAUCAUUUACGUAUAUUUUCGACCUAAUAGCAUCUGAAAUACGACAAAAAUCGCAGUUGGAAAAGUUCCAAGGAAUCAUUUUCCAAGGCCGAUCUAAAUUUGCCUUUGUGAAAUUAGGUUCCAGAUUGAAACAAACAGAGAGUCGAGUUUCAAUUUACGAAGAAAAAGCUAAUUAUUACAAGCCAUUUUUACAAAAAAUUUUAUCUGAAAUGUGA